AACUUUGUCACCCAGCAGGAGACCUCUGCCACGCGUAACCGAACCAGCACGGGCUCUGGCUCUGACUGACUUUGCACCCGAUGAUUCCGUAGCAGAAAGAGCACGUUCCAACUCAGCGCUCCCCGCCGACCGCCAUCCGCUCCGGUGGCGCGGCGCGAGUUACCUGCUCCACCCGCCCUCCCCGCGGAAGUCCCCACGAGGUGUCUUCGGGGUGGAAGGACAGUCAUAAAGAGCGCGCGGCUCCAGUCCAACGGCAGCGGCCGGGGAGGACAGGGAGGGGGCAGAACCCCAGGGACGAGUCACCGGAAUUAACUUCUGGUUAAAGUUAUGGGAAGCGCGGCCAUGGACACCAAGAAGAAGAAAGAGGCUUCCAGCCCCGGCGGGAGCGGUGGCAAGAAAAAUCCCAGCCAGAAGAGGCGUUCGCUGCGAGUGCACAUUCCGGACCUGAGCUCCUUCGCCAUGCCGCUCCUGGACGGAGACCUGGAGAGUUCCGAGAAGCACUCCUCCCGGAAGGUGGACAGCCCCUUCAGCUCGGGCAGCCCCUCCAGAGGGCUCUUCUCCAGAGGACCCCAGCCCCGGCCCUCCAGCCCUGUGUCUGCUCCUGUGAGGCCCAAGACCAGCCCCGGCUCUCCCAAGACCGUGUUCCCGUUCUCCUGCCAGGAGUCCCCGCCGCGCUCCCCGCGCCGCAUGAGCUUCAGCGGGAUCUUCCGCUCCUCCUCCAAAGAGUCUUCCCCCAACUCCAACCCGUCCACCUCGCCUGGAGGCAUCAGGUUUUUCUCCCGCUCCAGAAAAACCUCCAGUGUCUCCUCUUCUCCAUCGACACCCACCCAAGUGACCAAGCAGCACACGUUUCCCCUCGAGUCCUACAAGCAAGAGCCAGAGCGCUUGGAAAAUCGCAUCUAUGCCUCCUCUUCUCCCCUGGACACUGGCCAGCGGUUCUGCCUGGCCUUUCAGAGUCCCUCCAAGCCCCCGUUGGCCUCCCCCACGCACCAUGCUCCUUCUAGAACUGCGGCGCUGGCGGCGGCCCCGGGACCCGCGGAAGCCGGCAUGCUGGAGAAGCUGGAGUUCGAGGAAGAAGCAGUAGAAGACUCAGAAAGUGGCGUUUACAUGCGAUUCAUGAGGUCACAUAAGUGUUAUGACAUCGUUCCAACCAGUUCAAAGCUUGUUGUCUUUGAUACUACAUUACAAGUCAAGAAGGCCUUCUUCGCCUUGGUGGCCAAUGGUGUCCGGGCAGCGCCACUUUGGGAGAGUAAAAAGCAGAGUUUUGUAGGAAUGUUAACAAUCACAGAUUUCAUAAAUAUACUGCAUAGAUAUUAUAAGUCACCUAUGGUACAAAUUUAUGAAUUAGAGGAACAUAAGAUUGAAACAUGGAGGGAGCUUUAUUUACAAGAAACAUUUAAGCCUUUAGUGAAUAUAUCUCCAGAUGCAAGCCUCUUCGAUGCUGUGUACUCGUUGAUCAAAAAUAAAAUCCACAGAUUGCCAGUUAUUGACCCUAUCAGUGGGAAUGCACUUUAUAUACUUACCCACAAAAGAAUCCUCAAGUUCCUCCAGCUUUUUAUGUCUGAUAUGCCAAAGCCCGCCUUCAUGAGGCAGAACCUGGACGAGCUCGGAAUAGGGACGUACCACAGCAUCGCCUUCAUCCACCCAGACACGCCCAUCAUCCGAGCCUUGAGCAUAUUUGUGGAAAGACGGGUGUCUGCUCUGCCUGUGGUGGACGAGUCAGGAAAAGUCGUAGAUAUUUAUUCCAAAUUUGAUGUAAUUAAUCUUGCUGCUGAGAAAACCUACAAUAACCUGGACAUCACCGUGACCCAGGCCCUGCAGCACCGAUCACAGUAUUUUGAAGGUGUUGUGAAGUGCAGUAAGCUGGAAACACUGGAGACCAUUGUGGACAGGAUAGUGAGAGCCGAGGUCCACCGGCUGGUGGUAGUAAACGAAGCAGAUAGCAUUGUGGGUAUUAUCUCCCUGUCAGACAUUCUGCAAGCCCUGAUACUCACACCAGCAGGUGCCAAACAGAAGGAGGCCGAAGCAGAGUGACCAGGGCAACGCAGAGCUCCUCGGGGAGAACUGAUCCGAGCUCCCGGGUCACGGCUUGCCUCGGGAACACUGGCUCCACGUGGAAGAGAGGAGAAUGGCUAAGAAUGUAUAUCAGGGUUUAGUAGUGGGUGUAUCCAGUGUCGUAAGCAUAAAAAGAAAGAUUUUAUGUGCUUGAAGAUGCAGGCUUGCGUUAAAGACUGUUUUCAGACCUCCUUCUGGAGGAUUUUAAAUGCUGUAUGUCAUUAAAGUGCACUGUGUCCUGAAAUUUUUAUUAUUUUUCAUUUCCAAGAAUUCACUGGUAUGGAACAGGUGAUGUGACAUAAGGUGAGUGUCCAGCAUGUUUAGAUCACAGUGCCUUAUGUCCGAAUACAGCAAUAUGUCAUCGCUGCUGCCAGCCCCGCCCCAGAGUGCGCAUGAAGUGCCACCGAGCUUGAAUGUGGAAGUCUUCAAACCUUUUACCAAAUCGGUUAUUUUCAUUAGAUUCGUCAAAAAGUUGUAAUUUGAAUAUAAAUAAUUACUUUACAACUUCAGUGACACUUCUGUGUGUAAGUGUCUGAGCUGCCACGUCGACGGCUUUACGACAGCUGUAUUUAUUUUUACUUUCGUGCAGUUUUUUUACACAUCCUUUGGUGGGUAAACUUCACUAUGUCCUUUAAUAAACUCUUGGUUAUUU